CGAGGCAACGGCGAUGGGCGUGCCCUUGACGCGCUACGCAGCGGCGCCGGUGAGGUUGAGGGCAAAUCCAAGAUGGCGGUAGCGGUAUUGCCGUUGAAAGGCCUCUUGCGAGUGGGAGCAGGGCGGCUCUCGGGGCUCCCGCGGCGGGGAUUUCACCGCUCUCCGCCGGCCGCCAUUCAGGUGACUGUCCGUGAUGCUUUGAACCAGGCUUUGGAUGAUGAGCUAGAAAGGGAUGAAAAAGUUUUCCUGCUGGGGGAAGAAGUUGCUCAGUAUGAUGGUGCAUACAAGAUUAGCAGAGGACUUUGGAAGAAAUAUGGUGAUAAGAGAAUCAUAGAUACUCCUAUAUCAGAGAUGGGGUUUACUGGAAUUGCUGUCGGAGCUGCCAUGGCUGGCUUAAGACCUGUUUGUGAAUUCAUGACAUUCAACUUCUCCAUGCAAGCUAUUGAUCACAUUAUAAACUCAGCAGCCAAAACUUAUUACAUGUCUGCUGGUUUGGUGCCUGUCCCCAUUGUCUUCCGGGGCCCGAAUGGAGCAUCAGCCGGGGUCGCAGCCCAGCAUUCCCAGUGUUUUGCCGCUUGGUAUGGACACUGUCCUGGGCUGAAAGUAGUCAGCCCUUGGAGUGCAGAAGACGCAAAAGGUCUCCUUAAAUCCUCAAUCCGGGAUGAUAAUCCAGUUGUAAUGUUGGAAAACGAGUUGAUGUAUGGAGUGCCCUUUGAAAUGUCUGAGGAGGCCAUGUCAAAGGACUUCCUUGUUCCCAUCGGAAAGGCUAAGAUAGAAAGGCCAGGAACGCACAUUACUUUAGUGUCUCAUUCACGACCUGUGAGCCACUGUGUGGAAGCAGCUGCAGUCCUUGCCAAAGAUGGAGUGGAGUGUGAGGUGAUAAACCUCCGCAGCAUUAGGCCCAUGGAUAUCGAAACUGUUGAGGCCAGCGUUAUGAAGACAAAUAACCUUGUGACAGUGGAAGGUGGUUGGCCCCAAUUUGGAGUGGGAGCAGAAAUCUGUGCCAGGAUUAUGGAAGGCCCUGCUUUCAACCACUUGGAUGCACCGGUCGUUCGUGUCACAGGGGCAGACGUUCCUAUGCCUUAUGCAAAAAUUUUGGAGGAUAACUGCAUACCUCAAGUAAAGGACAUAAUACUGGCGGUGAAGAAAACACUAAAUAUCUAGAUCUUCUAUGUAUUUGAAUGUGGUGGAUUCUUCAACUAUAUGUCUUUAAAAGUAUUUAUGGAAUGUACUUACAAGCCUUUGUAUAUGGAACUGCACCUUGUAUAGCACAUGGGGAGGAUGGCAAUGUGGAAGGAAGUGACGUUAGCUACACAAUCUGUUACAGGACAUAUACUGUUUUUUCAUCUUUUCAAGAAGGAAACAAACAGGCAUAAAUCUAAAACUAAUAUUCAGUAUCUCAUUGUAAGAACUCUUGUUUCUCAUUGUACAUGAGCAGGCUUCCUUUGAUUUGCAGUCUAUCAAGACUCAGCUUGCGCUUUCUUUGUAACUUAUCAUGUUUGAAUUAAAAAAAUAACAAGAAGAUUGAGUAUAUUUAUCCAGAUGGAAGUGAGAUCUAAAAUCAAAACAGGCUGUAUAAAACAAUUUAGGAGAUGGGAUGCUUAAACUUUUUUCCAAGACUUACACAAUAACUUGCCAGCUGUUGGCAGAAGGUUCCCAUCAGAAGUAUAUAUUACCCACAAUGGGGUGCAGUUUUUGUGGUCAACCUGAAUCCAUUUGUUUUAUAAAUAUAAUCAUGACAAAUCUACUGCCCCAAGGGGAAAAUAUAAAAUUAAUAUUACUUCUUUUCACUGCAGAUUAUUAUUCUAUGAUCCUAUGAGAGGGGAAAACAUUAGUUAGAAGAGACCACAUGGGCCAUCUAGUCCAGCCCCCCCCCCCCCCCCCAAUGCAGGAAAAGCACUCUCUACUUUUCAACUGGGGUGGUUGGGAUGUACUGAAUCACUUGCUUUCCCCAUGGAAACAUUCCUCUGGCUUAUUCUAUUCAAGCACCAAUGAAAUUCUAUUGACAUUUAUUUUAAUAAAAAUAUGACUGAGUAUA